AUGGCACUCGAUACUGCCUGCAGAGGAGAUUUUUCUUCUAACACUGCCGCUGAAGCAAACCUCUUGAUCGAAAACCUUGCAGCGAGUAACAGCAAUCAUAGCCAUGAGUAUGAUCGUUCUAUGCGUGUUGUUAGCUCCGUGAAUACAUAUGUUAUUAAGAAUCUCACUGCCAAGGUAGACCUUCUUUUGAAGAGAGAUCAGCAAGCUGUCAACAUGUGCGACGGGCAGACGGGUGCGUAUCAGCAAGUUGGAGUAAAUUCAGGUUUUGAGGGGACAGAGGAGCUGAAUUAUGUAGGAGGACAAGGGAACUAUCAGAAUCAUGAGUUUAGUCAGAAUUAUAGAAAUCAUCCUAAUCUCUCCUACAUAAGCACCAACGUUGAGAAUCCUCAAGAUCAAGUGUAUCCUCCACAUAAUCAACAAGGUAACUUCCCACAAGGAUUUCAGAACAGAGGUGUUGGAUUUAAUAGCUCAAAUACCCAAGGAUACCACGCUCCAUCUGCAGCUCCACAAGAUAACAAACUCGAAUUGAUGAUGCAAGCACUGUUGGAGGGCCAUAAGAAAAGUUCUGCUGAGAUUAAUGUCAAGAUUGAUAGCAUGUACAAUGAUUUGAAUGGGAAAUUUGAGAGGUUGAGUUCACGUGUUGAUUCCAUUGAUAAGAGAGUCUCUGCUAUUUCUUCUAGCUCUAAGAACAAAGAGUCAUGCAAUGCUAUAACACUCCAUGGUGGGAUCGAAGAUGGGCUGAGUUGUGCUGUGAUCAACUCAUGCUUGGCUUCCGCAGAGACGGGAUCGAUCAAUCCUGAGACUAGACCAGCCGGUCCCAUCCAUUCUGAUAAUUCGAGUUUGAUCCCCAGAGAAGUUGGAUCGACCGAUCCCCCUUAUAGAUCGAUCGAUCCCGUCAAUGACACAGGACCAGUUUCAAAAAGUCCCAGAUCGACCGCUCCACGUCCAGACCAGUCGGUCCCUGUUGCAGGCAUGGGAAAACCCAGCUCAGGUGUUCCUGAUGCAGAUUCCAAGGAAUCACUUCUUGUGGAACCAAAGCCCUAUAGGCCACAAAUUCCUUUUCCAAGAAGACAUGAGAAGAAACCUCUGGAUGAAAAGAAGUAUGGUCGGUACAAAGAAGCUAUAAGUGAGUUCAUCGCUGACAUUCCUUUUACAGAGGCAAAAAGGAUUUGGUGGAAGUUAAAGGCGUUUUUGGCUCGAGAGAAGGACAUUCAUGCUUCAUCUUUGAAAAGACUACCCAAGUUAGAAGAUCCAGGAAAAUUUGUUGUUCCAUGCUCCAUCUUAGGAGUGAACUUUGAGGAUUCCCUUUGUGACACUGGAUCUAGUGUGAACGUAAUGUCUAAGGCUGUUGCAGAGAGGUUGGGGAUUGAUGAUAUGAAGGCUUCUAAGGUCUCUCUAAAGUUUGCAAAUGCUGUCACCACGACUCCACACGGCUUCAUUAAUAAUCUAGAUGUUCGAUUUGGGAAUUGCUUGGUUGCUACAGAUUUUCAUGUUGUGGAAAUGAGCAAGGGUUCUGAAAUGCCUUUGAUUCUUGGGAGACCUUUCCUAGCAACUGUGGGAGCAGUUGUUGACUUGCCUAAUAAGAGGAUCACUUUCUCUAACAUUGAUGAUAAAGUCUUCUACAACGCAGUCACUGCAAAUGAAGCUAUACGCCAUGACUCUUGUCUAGUUGUAGAACAUGAGAAGAAGGUGGAUGUCAUGAUAACGGGAGAGAGUGCUGAUAAGAAUGAGGUCAACGAAGUCCUGGAUAGAGACACUCAUUCUUCUGAGAAAAGGUCUAAGAGGGUUAAGAAGAGAGACAAGCCGAAGAUAGAGAGAGUAAUACCAGAUCUUCACAUAAACUUGGUACCCCAAAAAUAUGUUAGAGACACCAUUGAGUACAAGGUGAAGUGCAAAGGAAUAUCUCGGCCUUUCUCUAAAGUUAAAGCCAUCCUUACUCCAGAAUUUAAAGAAAAAGGCCAAGAAGCAGUGGAUGGUAUGUUGAAAAAGACUUUGGAGCUUAAGUUGACGAAUUGGAGAGCUUGUUCUGAUAUGAGUUCUCAUCCUCCCAUCACUUGA